AGAAAUGUUUCUGUUGAUUGUUUUGAUUCAUUUCGUUCAAGAUGUUCAAGAUACAAGUGUUCCACCGCUUUUCGAUUGAUAAAUAUAUUUCUGAUAAAUAAGAUUGCAUUGAUCCGUAGGACAAAGUGUUCCUUUUUGAGGCAUUCCGCUCCAAAGUUAUUGUCUACCGCCUUGUGCUUUUAGUCAAUUUGAACUUCUUGUUAUACUUCGUGUGUUUUUAUACACGUGAAUUUUAAAUUGUUACACUUUGGCGACUCCAAAAUUUUUAGUCCAUCAUUUCAUCAGCUAAAUACUCAUCACCCGAUGGACGACACAACGAAUGAUAUUCCUCCAGAAAGUGACUCCGAUUGCAACAGUGAUGCCGAUGAAUUUUACUUCGAAUCCGAUCAUCUGGCCUUCCGUGGAAACGCGGACUACACUGCUGUGUUGCGAACGUUAGCAAUUCUACAAACGCAAAAGAUCCAGGCAGCUAAUGACAUCGAAAAACUGGCCAAAGCAGAAAAAGUCGCACUGGAAAAUCCCGAAGAAUUCAUCAGGAAAUUAAGCCGUGGCGAGAUGAAUGAACUGCCGGGGCCAAUAGCCAUCGCUGAGUUACCGAAAAUCAAUUUCGAAAAGUAUGGCGUUUCCAUCCCUGAAUUUGUAGAAGAACCACAACCGAAUUCGUCGAAUGACAUCACCGUUCGUGGCAGAGUAUUCGAUCAAACAAAACCGGAAACAUUUAACCAGCUCUGGACAUGCGAGGAGCAACGACGAUUAGAAGAAUUGUUAAUCGAAUAUCCACCGGAACCAGUAGAGAGACGACGAUUCGCUAAAAUUGCAAGGGCACUGGGAAACCGAACCACGAAACAAGUGGCCAGUCGUUUACAGAAAUAUUUCAAAAAACUUCACUCGGCUGGAAUGCCCAUACCGGGACGCAUACCAAAAUCCAAUCGUUGCUAUGUGACCAACAAACAAACAAGAAUCGCUAAACACGCUCUCCGACCCACUACAUUCUUCCCGGCGAAUUAUGUUCCCGUGACCAUAACCGAUGACGACGAUUAUGCCGGUGGCGGUAUUCCACUCGAUCCGAAUUGGUAUAGACAGGGUUGCACCACCAACAGCAUUUGUUCGGAUGCGGACGCUGCCAAGGUUAUGAUUGUUGAUGACGACACCGAUACUGAGGUGAAAAGCGACAGAGCUUCACAAAUGCUUCGAUUAUUGGGUCGCAUUAAGCGGGAUAAGGAAAAAGACUCGGUGCUGGAAAGAGCUCACAGUGAACACGAAGGAUUUAAGUGCGACUUUUGUGGAGAAGAACCGAUUGUGGGCACCCGAUGGCAUUGCAAUACUUGUGUACAAGAAUCAAUUGACUUUUGCUCCGAUUGCUUGGUGACCCAAUUGUAUUCAGAUCGACAGCAUCCUACCACGCACAAAUUUGUUGGCCUGCGAACGACCAAUACACAAAUGACAUCACGUAUGGUGUCGGACGAUGGCAGCGGUAACGAGGACGAUGAUACAGAUGACAUAGACAGGCAACAAGUGAACGCGAAUAAUGGCUAUGACAGGGACUACAUGAUCCAUAAGUUCUCCAAAGCCAAUUACAAUUACUUAGAUCCGAAUUUUUUGCCGGAAUAAAGAUGGUUUUGUGAGUUUAAA